AUGGCGGAUGUUUCUCCACGCCACGCCGACAGUCGCCCUGCAGCGGCCAAUGCGGCGGCGGCGUCGGCUCCAUCGGCGCCGACGUGGUUUCUCACGGUGCACACGCAGCGCGCAUUGAAACGGCGACACAGCGAGCAGGACGAGCGGGACGAGCGCGACGAGCGGCGGGACGAGCGGGAUGCGCGGCGCAGCACCUAUGGCGAUGAUCCGAGCCGUCUCAUGUCUCUCAUGCUCGCCAACUCCUCCUCCUCCGCCCACCCCGCGCGCCCCUGCUCCUCCGCCCACCCCACCGCGCGCCCCCGCGCCAAUGACGAUGGCACCGUCGCCGGCGCAAACCCCAGCCCGCGACCCCUCGCGAGUCUAGCAGGACCAGCUACUUCCCCGUCGGCUUUUUCACCGAGCGCCAAACCCACCGCAUUUGCCGGCCUGGGAAGUCACGGUCGCGGUCUCGCCCCCAUUCGUGCCACUCCCGCUUCGGUUCCCGCUUCUCAUGCGAGUCCUGCCUCGUUUCCGCCGACGUCGCCUGCGCUCUUCUCUCUCCGCCACGCGUCAAUCCCUCGCGGCGCGCUGCUGCCCGAGCUGCUCCUGCCCGGCCUGCCACGUGGCGGCCCAGGGAUGGGCUCUCUGCCAGAAGCUCUUUUCCGCCGCCUGACGGGCUUGACUGGCUUGGCUGACUUGACCGGCAUUACUGGAUUGACUGGGUUGACUGGCUUGACCAGCAUUACCGGCUUCACUGGCUUGACUCGCGCUACAGGCGCGACUGGCGCUGGCGGAAGCGGCGGAUUCUCGUGCGCCCUGUGCGGGCGCACAUUCCCCACGGUGCAUGCGCUAGGGGGUCACAAGACCAUGCACCGCAAGAGCAUGCAGCGGAAAGGCAUGCACCACGCGCAGACCAGCGCCGCCAGCACCAGGAAUGGCGGCAACGGGAGGAGGAAGGGCAGGGGCGGCGGCGCCAGGAACGGCGGUGGCGGCAACGUGAGCAAGAAUAAGGGCUGCAGCAGCAGCAGUGGUGAUGCUGCCGUGAGUGGCAGUGGCGGAGUGAGGCAUGAGGUGCCCUCGCCAGCACGCUGCCUUAAGAGGUGCAAGGUCGCUGCUGCUGAUGUUGAUGCUGCUGCCCAACAGAAGCUCUCAGAGCGCCCGUCAGCAAAAAGCAACACUACAGCAGAAGGCAGCACUCCAGGCAAAGCCUCUCCUCCCACUCCGCCCGUCACGCCGUCAAACGAGGAAGUUACGCCCGCUUCAUGGGCCAAGGCAGGGCUUGCAUUGGAGCCUUCAGGACCUGUAGACAAGGGCCUUCUGACCCUGGGGACUGCAGUGCUGUGUGAGGGCCAUGCGGUGGAGAGCGGUGGAGAAAAGGCGAGCCCUACAGGGGAGCAUGGAGAUGUGGGGAUGGUGGGCGAGCCGGCGGUGGGGGAGAGUGGCGGGGCGUGUGAGGGGCAGAUGCGGGAGCAGCUGAUGCAAGCCAUCAAGGAGCGGCUGGCGCAAGCACAGCUGCUACAAGCACGCCUGCUCCAGACACGGCAAGCACUGCAGCCGCAUGGGGGAAGCGGGCACACCUCAUGUUCCGCCACCAAUGUUGCUCCUCGGUCGCCCCCCGCACUGGUUCUUGGGGCGACCCAAAAUAAAUGCUCACAAGGGAAAGGUGCACUCAUGUCAUGCUCACCUGCUGCCAUCGCCGCAUGCUCGCCUGCUGCCGUCGCCGCAUGCUCGCCCACGGCAUUGUCCACCACAGCAGGGCCUGUGUGUGCGGCUGACUUGAACCUGCCACCCGCUGACGUGGCAGGGGGGAUGGAGAGUGAGGCAGUGGUUGUGGAAAGCGAGGAUGCGGAUCUUGCCCUGGCUGCCAUGGCCAUCGAGUGCGAGGUGCGGGAGGCGCGGGGUCUAGAUGCCAAUGCCCAUGCCGACGCCUUUGGGAAUGCUCGUGGAAAUGCCCUGGAUGCGGUGUUUCUGUUUGCCUGCAACCUGGGGGCUGAGAAGGUUUCCGGUGCUAAUGAUGUUUUUGCUGCCAACAGCAGUAAGCUGGAUGGUGCGGAUAGUCGGGCCGGGUGCAUAGAUUUGACCUUGCACCUAUGA